AUGCUCGAUCUGGUGAAACCAUUCCAGGCCAUUCUGCCUGAGAUUGUUGUUCCUGCUCGAAAGCUCCCUUUUUACGACAAAAUCGCCUACACUGUCGGAAUCGCCAUCACUUUUUUCAUCAUGGCCGGCAUCCCGCUCUACGGCGCCCACGCCUCCACCUCAGACCCCUACUCGUUUACCCGAGCCAUCUCCGCCUCUUCUCACGGCACUCUGAUGGAGCUCGGUGUGGGUCCCAUGGUCACCUCUGGAAUCAUCUUCCAGAUCCUGGGAGGUUUCCAGGCCCUUAAUGUCAAUUUUGACAUUCGAGCCGACCGAGAGCUCUUCCAGAGCGGCCAGAAGAUCUUUGCUCUUCUGCUCACCUUCUUCCAUGCCAUCUUCCUCGUCUUCUUCGCUCAGACUUACGGUACCAUUUCAACCGACUCUGCUGUUUCAGAGCUCUCUCUCGGAGCUGCGGUUCUAAUUGUUGCCCAGCUGACCGCCGCUGGUCUCGUGCUCAUUCUGCUCGGCGAGAUUGUCGACAAGGGCUACUCUUUCGGCUCUGGUUCUGGUCUCUUCACCGCUCUGUCCGUCUCCCAAAACUUCAUGUGGCAGAACCUUGCCCUGCUCAAGGUGCACCAGGAGUUUGUAGGAUCCAUCCCUGCCCUGCUCAUGGGUCUGUGGAAGAACGGACUGUUCAACUUUGGCGGCUCUUACCGAUACGUUAUUGAGAACUCCUUCUUCCGACAGAACCUGCCCAACCUGCUGCAGCUGUACAUGUCUGUGGCCGUGUUCAUGCUGACCAUCUACCUGAACACUUUCCGGGUGGACAUCCCCAUCAAGUCGUCGCGAGUGCGAUCUCUUGCCACCGCAUUCCCCGUCAAGCUGCUUUACACUGGCUCUAUGUGCCUCUUCCUGCUGUCUGCCUUCUCCCAGAACGUUCUCAUCUACUCGCAGUCUCUUUACGUGCAGUUCCCUGACAACCUCAUGGUGCAGGUUCUUGGUAGCUGGGGAGCUGACGGCUCUCCCGUGGGCGGCAUUGCCUAUUACAUCAGUCCCAACAACUUUGGAUACGAUGUCAUCAAGAUGGUGCUCUACUCUGUUUACACCAUUGUGGGCUGCACUCUCUUUUCCAAGUACUGGGCUGAGAUUUCCGGCUCCGCCCCCAAGGACGUGGCCAAGCAGUUCCAGGCCCAGUCCAUUGUGAUUGUCGGCCAGCGAGCCCAGUCUGCUCCCCGAGAGCUGGCCAAGGUCAUCCCCGUGGCUGCUGCUGUUGGUGGAGCUGUUGUGGGCGCCAUUGUGGCCUUCUGCGACAUUUUUGGCGGUCUUGGAGCCUCUGCCGCACCCAUGAUUGUCGCCGUGACUUCCAUGAACAAUUAUUUUGAGAUUCUUGCCCAGGAGGGUGAUAUUGCUCAGAUGGGCAAGGCUUUUGGAAUGUAG